AUGUCUCUUUUAUUGGCCACUCCCACCUUCCUCAUCGAUCACAAGAAGAACCACAACCAUUCAUCAUCAUCGUCCUCCAAAUGGAAAGAAGAAAAGAAAAAAAAUGCAGAGAAUGAUGAGGAAGAGGAGGAGGUUUAUGAUACCUUCUCUUUGGCACAACUGAAUCAGGAAUAUUCAUUACAACAAGCCUAUGCUUGUUCUCGGAAAAAACAAUUAGGUUUCAGUAGUAGUCAUGGAAACAGUGCACUGAACAGAAAAAUCGGACAAAGCACAGAUGAUCAUUUGGCUCUCAUUGAUUUGCUGGAUUCGGCAGGACAAGAAGAGUAUAGUUCCCACAGAGAUUUCUAUUAUCGAAGUGCUGAUGGUUUUUUGUUGGUAUUUUCGCUAUGUGGAGCGGACACUCUGGAGGAUUGCUCGCAAAUCUACGAACAAAUAUUGAGAGUGAAAGACACCGAUCGAUAUCCGUGUGUAUUGAUUGGAAACAAGUGUGAUUUGAACGAAGAAAGAACAAUAACGAGAUCUGAAUGUGAGCUAAUGUCUUCUCGCUUGGGAUUACCUUAUUUCGAAACAAGCGCCAAGCAUAACAUUAACAUUGAAGAUCCAUUUUUCGAAUUGGUAAGAAUGUGUGGAAGGCUGAAUGAAUAUCGAUUUGUCAUUGUGGGCUCAGGAGGUGUUGGAAAGUCCAGCAUUUCAACUCAAUUCAUACAAGGAGUUUUUGUUGAGUGCUAUGAUCCAACCAUUGAAGAUUCUUAUCGAAAACAAAUACUUGUUCCAAAUGUUCCUUUUCACUCCAUCAUGGAAAACGUGGUCGAUCAGAAACAGCCUGAAGAAAAACCAGGAUUUUUCUCUAAAUUAUUUAAGAAGAAAUCAAAGAAGGCCAACAGUAGCGCCAGUUCCUCCACUAACACCAAUUGUUCAUCAUCAUUAGAGACAUCAAACAAGGACGAAGAAGUGAUCAGGUUCAAAAAGUCUGAUGCAAAUUGUGUAGCCUUGAGUUUUAAAGCAUUGUCAUCGGUUAUCACAAAUGCAAAUGUCACACCAAUUUCACAACCAUUGGGAUGUAAAACUUGUGGAGCACUCAUUGAGGAAAAGCUUUCCAUUUGUAAAUAUUGUGAUUGCACGAACGACCGAAAAUCUUCCAUUUCUUCCGUUCCUUCAGUGCUUGAUUUUACUUUACGCUCAGCAAAUAAUCUUACACUACAGAAAGAGAAAGACUCAGGUCUGUUAAUUUUCUGUAUUGAUAUCUCUGGAAGCAUGGGUCAAACAGAACUAUUACCAAACUUCUCUGUCUUGAAUUUGGACAUGCGAAAAGCUCAACAGAAGGAGGAAAAAACCAAACGAUUAUUAAGAGAGCUUGGACUUGACAGUGAAAUCGGUGUUCACAACCAAUACCUCCCAAAUGAAAGCAGAUCAUCGUCGUAUGUGAGUAGAAUUGAAUGUCUUUCAAUGGCAAUAGAUUUACAGCUGGAAGAAAUAUCAAAAGAGAAUCCAAAUAAGCGUGUUCUCAUUGUCACCUUCUCAGACAAAGUCACGAUUGUUGGUGACGGAAAAUUUGGAAAAGCGACAGUGCCUUCAAACAUUUUGAACAAUUUCGAAGCAUUGUUCAAACUCGGACGAUCAUAUAGAACUUCGGGUCUAAGCUCAAUUUAUGAAACCAAAGACGCUCUUUCCGAAAUUGUGUAUUCUAUUAAUGAAGAAGGCCAAACUGCUCUCAUUCCUGCAAUUACAGUUUCUCUAGGCAUUGCCAGUCAGGUCCAAAACUCUAAGGUAAUAGUUUGUACAGACGGUGUAGCGAAUAUUGGUAUUGGAGGGGUAGAAGAUGGCCCUAACAAGAAGAAUAGCAUUAAUCAACAGAAGCAAUAUUACGACAAGAUUUCUAAUUUAGCAACAGAGUAUGGUGUAAAUAUAAGUGUUUUUGGAAUUGAAGGUUCAGAUUGUAACAUGUCCAUGCUUGGAAAGAUUGCCGAUCAAACAAAUGGUACGACCAACAUUGUCAAGCCAAUUGAGCUGAGACGUCAAAUGAGACAAAUCAUCGACAAUCCUGUCAUUGCCACCAACGUGAAAAUUAAUUUAAUUCUAUCUGCUCCUUUAACACUCAGAAACCCUUCCAAAGUUCAAGAGAUAGUCACAAAAGGUACAAGUACCAUCGUUUCACAAUCGAUAGGUAGUGUCACAGCAGAGAACGAUCUGACUUUUGAGAUUCAAGUGAAUAGCAACAAAGUGGGUUCGAGAUAUAAUGAUGCAUGUAUACAAACCCAAAUAUUUUUCACAAGCAAUGACAACGAUUGUCUAAGAGUACUAACACAAGAAGUGAAGCUCACAAACGACAGAAAUGACUCCUUACAAGGAGCAGAUAUUGCAAUCAUUGGAUUGAAUGCUGUUUUGAGAAGUGCUGAACUUGCUGAAGAUGGUAACUUUAGAGAAGCAAGACUCAAAUUGCAAAGUGCAAAUCGAUUAAUGGAGAAUAUUUGUAAAACAAACACACAACAGGAGGAAAUGCACUCUUUCGCAGCGAAUACUCACGAGUUGGAUGAAGAUUUAAGAAAAUGUGAGAAAGCAUCCAAGUUCUCCUCUGAUCAUGUUUCCUCACUUAUUUUCAGAAUGAAAAAGUCAAAUCUAAAUAACUUUUUAGCAGGAACACGAAAGAGAGAUAUUGUCAUGAACAGAAAGAACCACACAAAUACUGUAGAGAAGAAGGGCAACAACAGCAACAACAACAACAGAAAUGUUAAUCAUUCGAGACAUGUGUUGCCUGAAGAGUUGCGUGAAGAUCCAACAGUAUUCACGAAUUAUGAGUGGCUAAACGAGGAGGAGCAAACAAUGAAUCGUCAUCAUGUUGAAGAUUCCUCCACUGCUCAUGUAGAUAAUACCUCUCAUCAUGAUAAGCCUCAAAGGCAAGACCAAGAUCAGUGUGUGGUUUGUAUGGAUGGAGAAAUUAAUGUCGUUUUGGUUCCUUGUGGCCAUAUGAUCUUGUGUGAAACUUGUGCAAAUCAACUCACAAACAAGAAAUGCCCAACCUGUCGCCAGAACAUUUCACAAAUUGUAAAAGUAUUCAAAUAA